CCGGUAUCCAAACAUGAAGGUCCUGAACAGAGACGAGCUGCAGGUCGCUGAAGGAGUUCUGCUCAAACACUUACCGAAGAGUUAUAAGGGUUUGAUGUUUUCCAAGGGUCUUCUGGCAGAAGAGUGAACCACAAAGUCUAUACUUCGGUGCAUCUGUAUUUGCCAGACACCAACCAUCUCCACAUGUCAACGUAUGACAGGCAACAGAAACAAGAUGUGGAAGGUCGCUUUGACUGUCCUUGCGGCCGCUUUGGCCGUUGGGUAUGGGACCCGGUCGGGGGCUUGACAGACGCUGAUAUCAACAAUGAAGACGUGCAAAACGCUCUCCACUUCGCCGUCAUCCAACACAACAGAGACAGCAACGACUUGUAAAUCAGGCAAGUGGUAGAAGUGAUCAAGGUUCAGUCACAGGUGGUCGCUGGCAUGAAGUACGUCAUAACUGUGAAGAUGGUAAAGACCCCUUGCAGAAAGUAUGGCGUCGAUCAAGUGUGUGCAAUCCACACAGAUCAGGCAAAGUUUCAGCCCUACCAGUGCACAUUCGAAGUGUGGAGCCGCCCAUGGCUUAAUUCCAUUGAGUUACUGAAGAAUGAAUGCCAACACUGA